UCUCUUGACUUCCAAUCCGUAUAUUUUCAACAAUUAUUAUGUCGAAGAACGAAUCGCUGCAGACGUGGGAGGAUUCCGAGUUUCCGAUUCUGUGCGAGACGUGUCUGGGCGAGAACCCGUACGUGCGGAUGACGAAGGAGCGGUUCGGCAAGGAGUGCAAGGUAUGCGCCAAGCCGUUCACAGUCUUCCGGUGGCUGCCGGGCCGCGGGAUGCGGUACAAGAAGACUGAGAUCUGCCAGUCGUGUGCCAAGCUGAAGAAUGUCUGCCAGACAUGCAUUCUGGACCUGGAGCACGGGCUGCCGGUGCAGGUGCGCGACUCGGCGCUGGGCCUUGAGGAUGCGGCGCCGCGCGACGACAUCAACCGCCGGCACUACAUGGAGAACCAGGCGCGCACAGACACACCGUUGGACUUUUCCGGGCGGGCAAACCCGGCCGGCCGCGAGAUGCUGAAGCGCAUGGCGCGACGCGGGCCGUACUACGAGCGCAACAAGCCGCACCUGUGCUCGUUUUUCGCCAAGGGCACGUGCACGCGCGGCAACGAGUGCCCGUACCGGCACGAGCUGCCCAAGGCCGACGGCGAGCUGGCCAAGCAGAACAUCAUCGACCGGUACCAUGGCACCAACGAUCCCGUGGCCAAGCGCAUGCUGGCGCGCAGCUCCGCAAAGGUCGAUGGCCUGGCGCCGCCCGACGACAAAAGCAUUGCGUCGCUGUUCCUGGUCGGCCUUACCGCUGAGACCUCGGCUGAUGACAUCAAGGGGUAUUUCUAUGCGUACGGCGAGGUCAAGAGCGUCAACGUGGUGCCUGCCAAGGGCUGUGCCUUUGUCAACUUCAAGACGCGUGCAGGCGCCGAGGCUGCUGCGCAGGCGGUGAUCGGCGGGUGCGUGAUCGGGGGCAAGUCGAUCAGGGUUGCGUGGGGGCGCGCCCGACCCAAGGGCCCCCGAGCUGACGCGCCCAAGCCGACAACAGCCGGCGCUCCGCCGCCACCACCCGGUAGCACCCGUGCGAUGGCAUAUCCCAGCCAGGAUCCAACAGCGCAGGGUGCACAGCCGAAAUGAAACUGGAUGUGUGUGUGGUUGCAGGAUUCCG